AUGGCGGAGAUCCAGGACGCCGUCCAGGUCGCGGCGAACCUGGCCGAGUACGAGGAGCAGCUGGAGCAGACGAAGCAGGCGCUGCAGGCAGACCCCGGGGAUGAGGAGCUUCUGGGCGUCAAGGAGUCGCUUGAAGAGAUCAUCACGGCCACGAAGGAGCUGCUAGAGACGCUUGGCGGGCCAGAUGCGAUCCCUGUCCCGGCCCCCAAGCAGCCUGCAGCACAGGAGGCGCCUGCGGGCGAGCAAGGCGACGAAAUCAGCGAGCCGCUCCCGGAGGGCAUGACUUACGUCAAGGAGCGGCCGCCGCUACCGACAACGCUUCCGGACCAGACGCUGCGAGAACUGAAGAAGAAGCAGGUGAAGGAGGCGCUGGCCGGCGCGGGCGACCCGGCGUGGGCGAUCGGGCACAGGUGCAACGCGCACUACUGCGGCGACGGGGAGGAGUACCCCGCGGUGAUCGUGGGGGCCACGGCGGACCGGCGGUUCGUGGUGGUGUACGACGGGUUCGGGGAGUACAGGGAGGUGGUGCGGGCGGCGGGCAUCAAGCCGCGCGAGGAGGGGCAGGGGUACACGGGCGUGGCGGCACCCAAGGUGCGGCGCGUGGGCGGCGAGGACCUGGCGGCGCUGCCGAAGGAGAUCCCGAAGCACCUGCAGAUCAGUGAGGGCGACGACGAGAAGACGCGGGAGCGCAAGGUGAAGGCGAUUAAGACCAUCAAGAAGAAGAGGCGGUUCGCGGAGCUGGACGCGAAGCUGGACGAGCAGCAGAGCGCGUGGCAGAAGUUCAAGCAGGGGAAGACGGGGAAGAAGUUCUUCAAGAACAAGAAGUCGAUCUUCAGCGUGCCCGAGGGCGGCAAGGUCGGCGUGAGCAAAAAGAUCGCGAAGCGGCCGUGA